CCGGCGUCCCCGAACUCCGCCUCGCCCACUCCCCCAGUUUGUCGUAAAGUGCUGUAAACGCGCCCCGUUUUACGACACCGUUGGCUGGCGGCGCACGUUACGGCUCAGCGUGGAUCGGGCUCUUUGGAAGCUGCUCUUGCGGGCGGGAAGGCGGCAGUUAGGCAUUUGGGAAGGACUGGGGGCAGGUACCAUUCUCUCAGCGGGUAGUUGGUUGUGCUCCUAGUUUGCGUAACGUGGGACAAAACCGAAGGGUUGUUUAAAACACUGAUUGCAAUCCUUAAGCGUCACGCAAAGUUCCCAGUUUCUCUCGUUUGACUUGCCUUUCCUCGGGUGCUACUUGGGUUUUCAUGUUCGUAUUAAUCGUUAGAUCUUAGGUAUCCGAGGCGUAGCUGACAUUGUUUCUCUCAUUCACUUCGUCCUGCAGUCUCCUUCCGCCCUUGGAAUUUGAAAUGCUUUACCUCAUCGGCUUGGGCCUUGGAGAUGCCAAGGACAUCACAGUCAAGGGCCUGGAAGUUGUAAGACGCUGCAGUCGCGCGUAUCUGGAAGCCUACACCUCAGUCCUGACUGUAGGCAAGGAAGCCUUGGAAGAGUUUUAUGGAAGAAAGUUGAUUCUUGCUGAUAGAGAAGAAGUGGAGCAAGAAGCAGACAAUAUUUUAAAGGAUGCUGAUACCAGUGAUGUUGCAUUCCUUGUAGUUGGUGAUCCAUUUGGGGCCACAACACACAGUGAUCUUGUUCUGAGAGCAACAAAGCUGGGAAUCCCUUACCGUGUCAUUCACAAUGCCUCCAUAAUGAAUGCCGUAGGUUGCUGUGGUUUACAGUUAUACAGGUUUGGAGAGACGGUUUCCAUUGUUUUUUGGACAGACACUUGGAGACCAGAAAGCUUCAUGGACAAAGUGCAGAAGAACAGACACAACAGCAUGCACACGUUAUGCUUGCUCGACAUCAAAGUAAAGGAGCAGUCUCUGGAAAAUCUAAUGAAAGGAAGGAAGCUCUAUGAGCCCCCUCGGUACAUGAGUGUAAACCAAGCAGCCCAGCAGCUUCUGGAGAUUGUUCAGAAUCAGAGAGCACGAGGAGAAGAACCAGCAGUUACUGAGGAGACGCUCUGUGUUGGCUUAGCCAGAGUUGGAGCUGAAGACCAGCAGAUUGCAGCAGGCACUUUACAGCAAAUGUGUACUGUGGACUUGGGAGAGCCGUUGCAUUCCUUGAUUAUCACAGGGGGCAGCCUGCAUCCACUGGAGAUGGAGAUGCUCAGUCUGUUUUCCAUACCAGAAAGUAGCUCAGAGUCCCAAAGCAUUGGUGGACUCUGAAGUAGACAUUUUCAAUAAUGUUAAAACAAGUGACCAAAAAGAAAGAAGUUGACUCAACAGUGCUUGGUUUCCUGUGGCAUCGAGUUUUUCCCCGUGAGGUCAUUAACUGUCGCUGCUGUUCUGGCAGUUUCUCAGGAUGCACACACAAGGAGCAGACCAAGCUGGAAAACUUGGGAAUCGACAUCCCUGACAAAAAUCACUGAAAAGCAGUUUUUUACUUAUGAAAUCAAUUUAUACAAGACGGUUGUUACUGAGUAUAACUCACAGAUUAACUGCAAAGUGAAUCACUGGAAUCCAGUUUUAAAGGGCAAAAGAUGUGAAGAAUGGCAGGAAAAGCAAACGAAAGAUUGGUAACAAUUCACAUAAUGUUUUUAUUUAUAAUUUUCUUAUUUCUUAAAAAGUCAGCUGCCUUGACUGCAAAGAUGUAUUUUCCUGACAGCAGCUGGUGUUAGUAUAUAUAAAAAUAUGGGAAGAAUAAAUCUCCACUCAACAGUCUUACUUAAAGCUCAGCUGAGACAUGCCACAAAAUGACCCCCUUCUGAAUGGGCUGUCUUGGUUAGCUGACAUCCCCGAUAUGGCUCAUCAUCUGCUACAUUUUGGAAGUUAUGUAAUUGUUUAAUUAUAAAUGUUUAGCCAGCCAUGUACAGUUGCUGUUUGGUUUUAAAUAGCAUCUUUAAAUAGUAUCGUUCAUAUCCAAGCAGAUAAAUGGAAAACUUGCUGACCCCAAAAUAAAAUUUUUUAAAAUUUAAGUUUGAAGGUAAUAAUGGAUGAGUCAUGAUUUGUCUUAUCACUUAAUUCAGCUUAUAUGCCACAAACACACACACACAGAGUAGAACCUCCAUAG